AUGAGUGGUCAAGACAGUGACAAUUAUGCAAAAAAAUUAACUCCGGAAACGAAGGAUCAAAUUAAAAAAGAUGCGCAAGCUCAAAACAAAGCAUCUGCCGAAUCCUCAAAACAACAGGGAAACAUUGAUGAUAAUCUCGAGAAACGUUUGAAAAAUCCAAAUCCCCCAAGUGGCCAGAAAUAAUAAUGACUUUAUUAAACCAUUAUUUGAUUAUUGUACUUUUAUUUUUAAAAAUAUUUCAUCAAUUUUUAAAUUUUAUUUUCUUUACCCAAAGUUUCUUGUUUUUAUUCCAUAUCUGAUUAUAAGGUAAAUUGUGUAAUUAUUUCUAAAUAAAAAUAUUUUGAAAAUUGGUGAUUCGAUAAAAAUGAGACAUGUUAUUAGUGUUUAAUAAAACAUAAUUCUUAACUCAUCAAUAGGACAACAUGAUUCAAACACUUUUUCAACGUGUGAACAAAGCUCUUAAAAUACUGGUCUUGAGACAAUAAAGCGUACGACAGAGGAAGUUAGCAUAAUGAUGAAAAUCUUGCAAUAUACAUCUAAGUUUAGUAUUCAAUAGUUUUUGCAUCUCUCUCUCCGCUUUCAACUGCGAGGAACAGCUGGAAAACAUAUGAAUAGUGUAAAUUCAUAUGGACGUCAUGAAUACUAUAUUCUAUACCCUUCAUUUCCUCCUUGUCACAUACCUCGUCUGGAGAUACGGAAGGGAGCAAUCUUUUUGCAAAUCUGGUUCCAGCCUUGUUCAUUUUCGUCUUAUAUGCAUUUCAUUUCUAAGAAAUGGUUGUCAAAACCAAAAAAGAGAUUAAUUUCUUUGACAGUGUAAUUACCAAUGCGCGGAUGUUUUUGAAUAACUCAAGAAUCGAAUGAGUGAAUUUCAAAAUAUAAUGCAUUAUAUUUUGAAUUUCAUACUAUUAAGUCUCUUUCAGUCAAAACAACUCUUUUCUUGAAAUUUUCUCGGUAAUGCUUUCUGU